AUGCCUCCUUUCAGCAACCACUUUUUAUACGAAAUUUUUUCUUUCUUUCUAAUCUUUCCUCGUGUAUUUCUUUCUGACUGUAGUGUCUUCCUUCUUUCUCUCUUUCUUUCUUUCUCUUCUCAUUUCUCUUUUUCUUUCUAUCACUCGUUCUUUCUGUAUGUCUGUCGCUCGUUCUUUCUUUCUUUCUUUCUUUCUUUCUUUCUAUCUGUCUGUCACUCAUUCUUUUUUUCUAUCGCUCGUUCGUUCUUUCUUUCUAUCUGUCUGUCGCUCGUUCUUUCUUUCUUUCUUUCUAUCGCUCGUUCGUUCGUUCUUUCUUUCUGUCUUUCUUUCUUUCUUUCUCUCUGUCUGUCACUUUUUUUUUCUAUCUUUCGUUCGUUUUUUUCUUUCUAUCUGUCUGUCGCUCGUUCUUUUCUUUCUUUUCUUUUCUUUCUUUCUUUCUAUCUGUCUGUUCGUUCUUUCUUUCUUUCUUUCUUUCUUUCUUUCUCUCUGUCUGUCUUUCAUUCUUUUUUUCUAUCGCUCGUUCGUUCUUUCUUUCUAUCUGUCUGUCUUUCGUUCUUUCUUUCUUUCUUUCUUUCUUUCUUUUUUCUUUCUUUCGUUUUCUUUUCUUUCUAUCGCCCGUUCGUUCGUUCUUUCUGUCUUUCUUUCUUUCUUUCUCUCUUUGUGUUCUCAUUCUUUUUUUCUAUCUCUCGUUCGUUCUUUCUUUCUAUCUGUCUGUCUCGUUCGUUCUUUCUUUUCUUUCUUUCUUUCUUUCUUUUUAUCUGUCUGUCACUCAUUCUUUUUUUCUAUCGCUCGUUCGUUCUUUCUUUUCUAUCUGUCUGUCUUUCGUUCUUUCUUUCUUUCUUUCUUUCUUUCUAUCGCUCGUUCGUUCUUUCUUUCUUUCUUUCUUUCUUUUCUUUUUUCUAUCUGUCUGUCCUCAUUCUUUUUUUUUCUAUCGCUCGUUCGUUCUUUCUUUCUAUCUGUCUGUCGCUCGUUCUUUCUUUCUUUCUUUCUUUCUUUCUUUCUAUCUAUCGUUCGUUCGUUCUUUCUUUCUGUCUUUCUUUCUUUCUUUCUAUCUGUCUGUCACUCAUUCUUUUUUUCUAUCGCUCGUUCGUUCUUUCUUUCUAUCUGUCUGUCGUUCUUUUUUUUUUCUUUCUUUCUUUCUUUCUUUCUUUCGUUCGUUCUUUCUUUCUGUCUUUCUUUCUUUUUUCUCUCUGUCUGUUCUUUCUUUUUUUCUAUUCGUUCUUUGUUUUUCUUUCUAUCUGUCUGUCGCUCAUUCUUUUUUUUCUUUCUUUCUUUCUUUCUUUCUUUCUAUCUGUCUGUCGUUCGUUCUUUUCUUUCUAUCUGUCUGUCUUUCGUUAUUUCUUUCUUUCUUUCUUUCUUUCUAUCGCGUUCGUUCGUUCUUUCUUUCUAUCUUUCUUUCUUUCUUUCUUUCUGUCUGUCACUCAUUCUUUUUUUUUUUCUAUCGCUCGUUCGUUCUUUCUUUCUAUCUGUCUGUCGCUCGUUCUUUCUUUCUUUUCUUUCUAUCUUUCUUUCGUUCUUUCUUUCUUUUCUGUCUUUCUUUCUUUCUUUCGUUCUUUUUUUUCUAUCUUUCGUUCGUUUCUUUCUUUCUAUCUGUCUGUCGCUCGUUCUUUCUCUUUUUCUUUCUUUCGUUCUUUCUUUCUAUCGCUCGUUCGUUCUUUCUUUCUAUCUGUCUGUCUUUCUUUCUUUCUUUCUUUCUUUUUUCUAUCGCUCGUUCGUUCGUUCUUUCUUUCUUUCUUUCUUUCUAUCUCUGUCUGUCACUCAUUCUUUUUUUUUCUAUCGCUCCUUCGUUCUUUCUUUCUAUCUGUCUGUCGCUCGUUCUUUCUUUCUUUCUUUCUUUUCUUUUUUCUUUCUUUCUUUCUUUCUAUCGUUUCGUUCGUUCGUUCUUUCUUUCUGUCUUUCUUUCUUUCUUUCUCUCUGUCUGUCACUCAUUCUUUUUUUCUAUCGCUCGUUCGUUCUUUCUUUCUAUCUGUCUGUCGCUCGUUCUUUCUUUCUUUCUUUCUUUCUUUCUUUCUUUCUUUCUUUCUAUCGUCCGUUCGUUCGUUCUUUCUUUCUGUCUUUCUUUCUUUCUUUCUUUCUCUCUGUCUGUCACUCAUUCUUUUUUUCUAUCGCUCGUUCGUUCUUUCUUUCUAUCUGUCUGUCGCUCGUUCUUUCUUUCUUUCUUUCUUUCUUUCUUUCUUUCUUUCUUUCUUUCUAUCGUCCGUUCGUUCGUUCUUUCUUUCUGUCUUUCUUUCUUUCUUUCUUUCUUUCUUUCUUUCUCUCUGUCUGUCACUCAUUCUUUUUUUCUAUCGCUCGUUCGUUCUUUCUUUCUAUCUGUCUGUCGCUCGUUCUUUCUUUUCUUUCUUUUUCUUUCUUUCUUUCUUUCUUUCUUUCUUUCUAUUGUCCGUUCGUUCGUUCGUUCUUUCUUUUUUCUUUCUUUCUUUCUUUCUCUCUGUCUGUCACUCAUUCUUUUUUUCUAUCGCUCGUUCGUUCUUUCUUUCUAUCUGUCUGUCGCUCGUUCUUUCUUUCUUUCUUUCUUUCUUUCUUUCUUUCUUUCUUUCUAUCGUUCGUUCGUUCUUUCUUUCUGUCUUUCUUUCUUUCUUUCUCUCUGUCUGUCACUCAUUCUUUUUUUCUAUCGCUCGUUCGUUCUUUCUUUCUAUCUGUCUGUCGCUCGUUCUUUCUUUUUCUUUCUUUUCUUUCUUUUUUUUUCUUUCUUUCUAUCGCUCGUUCGUUCGUUCUUUUUUUUUGUGUCUUUCUUUCUUUCUUUCUGUCUGUCACUCAUUCUUUUUUUCUAUCGCUCGUUCGUUUUUUUUUUUCUAUCUGUCUGUCGCUCGUUCUUUCUUUCUUUCUUUUUUUUUCUUUCAUCGCUCGUUCGUUCGUUCUUUCUUUCUGUCUUUCUUUCUCUCUGUCUGUCCUCAUUCAUUUUUUUUUUCUAUCGCUCGUUCGUUCUUUCUUUCUAUCUGUCUGUCGUUCGUUCUUUUUUUCUUUCUUUCUUUCUUUCUUUCUAUCGCCCGUUCGUUCGUUCUUUCUUUCUGUCUUUCUUUUCUUUCUUUCUUUCUCUCUGUCUGUCACUCAUUCUUUUUUUCUAUCACUCGUUCGUUCUUUCUUUCUAUCUGUCUGUCGCUCGUUCUUUCUUUCUAUCGUCCGGUCGUUCGUUCUUUCUUUCUGUCUUUCUUUCUUUCUUUCUAUCUGUCUGUCACUCAUUCUUUUUUCUAUCGCUCGUUCGUUCUUUCUUUCUAUCUGCCUGUCGUCGUUCUUUUUUUUUCUUUCUUUUCUUUUUUCUUUCGCUCGUUCGUUCGUUCUUUCUUUCUGUCUUUCUUUCUUUCUUUCUUUCUCUGUCUGUCACUCAUUCUUUUUUUUUUCUAUCGCUUUUCGUUCUUUCUUUCUAUCUGUCUGUCGCUCGUUCUUUCUUUCUUUCUUUCUAUCGCUCGUUCGUUCGUUCUUUCUUUCUGUCUUUCUUUCUUUCUUUCUCUCUGUCUGUCACUCAUUUUUUUUUUCUAUCGCUCGUUCGUUCUUUCUUUCUAUCUGUCUGUCGCUCGUUCUUUCUUUCUUUCUUUCUUUCUUUCUUUCUUUCUAUCGCUCGUUCGUUCUUUCUUUCUUUCUUUCUUUCUUUCUUUCUAUCUGUCUGUCACUCAUUCUUUUUUUCUAUCGCUCGUUCGUUCUUUCUUUCUAUCUGUCUGUCGCUCGUUCUUUCUUUCUUUCUUUCUUUCUUUCUUUCUUUCUAUCGCUCGUUCGUUCUUUCUUUUUCUGUCUUUUUUUUUUCUCUGUCUGUCACUCAUUCUUUUUAUCUAUCGCUCGUUCGUUCUUUCUUUCUAUCUGUCUGUCGUUCUUUUUUUCUUUCUUUUUUUCUUUCUUUCUUUCUUUCUAUCGCUCGUUCGUUCUUUCUUUCUGUCUUUCUUUCUUUCUUUCUCUCUGUCUGUCACUCAUUCUUUUUUUCUAUCACUCGUUCGUUCUUUCUUUCUAUCUGUCUGUCGCUCGUUCUUUCUUUCUUUCUUUCUUUCUUUCUUUCUAUCGUCCGUUCGUUCGUUCUUUCUUUCUGUCUUUCUUUCUUUCUUUCUAUCUGUCUGUCACUCAUUCUUUUUUUCUAUCGCUCGUUCGUUCUUUCUUUCUAUCUGUCUGUCGCUCGUUCUUUCUUUCUUUCUUUCUUUCUUUCUUUCUAUCGCUCGUUCGUUUUUUUUUUUCUGUCUUUCUUUCUUUCUUUUUUCUCUGUCUGUCACUCAUUCUUUUUUUUCUAUCGCUCGUUCGUUCUUUCUUUCUAUCUGUGUCUGUCGUUCUUUCUUUUCUUUUUUUUUCUUUCUUUUCUUUUCUUUCUAUCGUCCGUUCGUUCGUUCUUUCUUUUUUCUGUUUUCUUUCUUUCUUUCUUUUCUCUCUGUCUGUCACUCAUUUUUUUUUUCUAUCGCUCGUUCGUUCGUUCUUUUUCUUUCUAUAUGUCUGUCGCUCGUUCUUUCUUUCUUUCUUUCUAUCGCUCGUUCGUUCUUUCUUUCUUUCUUUCUUUCUUUCUUUUUCUCUCUGUCUGUCACUCAUUUUUUUUUCUAUCGCUCGUUCGUUCUUUCUUUCUAUCUGUCUGUCGCUCGUUCUUUCUUUCUUUUUCUUUCUUUCUUACUUUCUUUCUUUCUUUUCUUUCUAUCGUUCGUUCGUUCUUUCUUUCUAUCUGUCUGUCUUUCUUUCUUUCUUUCUUUCUUUCUUUCUAUCGCUCGUUCGUUCGUUUUUCUUUCUGUCUUUCUUUUUCUUUCUUUUUCUUGUCUCACUCAUUUUUUUUUCUAUCGUUCGUUCGUUCUUUCUUUCUAUCUGUCUGUCGCUCGUUCUUUCUUUCUUUCUUUCUUUCUUUCUAUCGCUCGUUCGUUCGUUCUUUCUUUCUGUCUUUCUUUCUUUCUUUCUCUCUGUCUGUCACUCAUUCUUUUUUUCUAUCACUCGUUCGUUCUUUCUUUCUAUCUGUCUGUCGCUCGUUCUUUUUUCUUUCUUUCUUUCCAUCGCUCGUUCGUUCGUUCUUUCUUUCUGUCUUUCUUUCUUUCUUUCUCUCUGUCUGUCACUCAUUUUUUUUCUGUCGCUCGUUCGUUCGUUCUUUCUUUCUAUCUGUCUGUCGCUCGUUCUUUCUUUCUUUCUUUCUUUCUUUCUUUCUUUCUUUCUUUCUUUCUUUCUAUCGCUCGUUCGUUCUUUCUUUCUAUCUGUCUGUCGCUCGUUCUUUCUUUCUUUCUUUCUUUCUUUCUAUCGCUCGUUCGUUCGUUCUUUCUUUCUGUCUUUCUUUCUUUCUUUCUCUCUGUCUGUCACUCAUUCUUUUUUUCUGUCGCUCGUUCUUUCUUUCUUUCUCUCUGUCUGUCACUCAUUCUUUUUUUCUAUCGCUCGUUGGUUCUUUCUUUCUAUCUGUCUGUCGCUCGUUCUUUCUUUCUUUCUUUCUUUCUUUCUUUCUUUUUUUCUAUCGCUCGUUCGUUCGUUCUUUCUUUCUUUCUUUCUUUUUUUCUUUCUCUCUGUCUGUCGUUCAUUCUUUUUUUCUGUCUUUCGUUUCUUUUUUUCUCUGUCUGUCACUCAUUUUUUUUUUUCUAUCGCUCGUUGGUUUCUUUCUUUCUAUCUGUCUGUCGCUCGUUCUUUCUUUUCUUUUCUUUCUUUCUUUCUAUCGCUCGUUCGUUCGUUCUUUCUUUUUCUGUCUUUUUUCUUUCUCUCUGUCUGUCGUUCAUUCUUUUUUUUCUUUCUAUCGCUCGUUCGUUCUUUCUUUCUAUCUGUCUGUCGUCUCAUUUCUUUCUUUCUUUCUUUUUUCUCUCUGUCUGUCACUCAUUCUUUUUUUCUAUCGCUCGUUCGUUCUUUCUUUCUAUCUGUCUGUCGCUCGUUCUUUCUUUCUUUCUUUCUUUCUUUCUUUCUUUCUUUCUUUCUUUUUUCUAUCUUUCGUUCGUUCUUUCUUUCUAUCUGUCUGUCGCUCUUUUCUUCUUUUCUUUCUUUCUUUCUCUUUCUUUCUUUCUUUCUUUUCUAUCGCUCGUUCGUUCUUUCUUUCUAUCUGUCUGUCGCUCGUUCUUUCUUUUUCUUUCUUUGUUUCUAUCGCUCGUUCGUUCUUUCUUUCUAUUUCUUUCUGUCUUUCUUUCUUUUUCUUUCUUUUCUCUGUCUGUCGUUCAUUCUUUUUUUCUAUCGUCUCGUUCGUUCUUUCUUUCUUUAUUGUCUGUCGCUCAUUCUUUCUUUCUUUUCUUUCUUUUCUCUCUGUCUGUCACUCAUUCUUUUUUUUCUAUCGCUCGUUCUUUCUUUCUUUCUAUCUGUCUGUCGCUCGUUCUUUUCUUUCUUUCUUUUCUCUGUCUCACUUUCAUUUUUUUUUCUAUCGCUCGUUCGUUCUUUCUUUCUAUCUGUCUGUCGCUCUCGUUCUUCCUUUUCUUUCUUUCUUUCUCUCUUUCUUUCUUUCUUUCUUUCUAUCGCUCGUUCGUUCUUUCUUUCUAUCUGUCUGUCGCUCGUUCUUUUUUUCUUUCUUUUCUUUCUAUCGCUCGUUCGUUCGUUCUUUUUCUUUCUUUUUUCUUUCUUUCUUUCUCUCUGUCUGUCCUCAUUCUUUUUUCUAUCGCUCGUUCGUUCUUUCUUUCUAUCUGUCUGUCGCUCGUUCUUUCUUUCUUUCUUUCUUUCUAUCGCUCGUUCGUUCGUUCUUUCUUUCUGUCUUUCUUUCUUUCUUUCUCUCUGUCUGUCACUCAUUCUUUUUUUCUAUCGCUCGUUCGUUCUUUCUUUCUAUCUGUCUGUCGCUCGUUCUUUCUUUCUUUCUUUCUUUCUCUCUGUCUGUCACUCAUUCUUUUUUUCUAUCGCUCGUUCGUUCUUUCUUUCUAUCUGUCUGUCGCUCGUUCUUCCUUUCUUUCUUUCUCUCUUUCUUUCUUUCUUUCUUUCUAUCGCUCGUUCGUUCUUUCUUUCUAUCUGUCUGUCGCUCGUUCUUUCUUUCUUUCUUUCUUUCUAUCGCUCGUUCGUUCGUUCUUUCUUUCUGUCUUUCUUUCUUUCUUUCUCUCUGUCUGUCUUUCUUUCUUUUUUUCUAUCGCUCGUUGGUUCUUUCUUUCUAUCUGUCUGUCGCUCGUUCUUUCUUUCUUUCUCUCUUUCUUUCUUUCUUUCUUUCUUUCUUUCUAUCGUUCGUUCGUUCUUUCUUUCUAUCUGUCUGUCACUAGUUCUUUCUUUCUAUCACACGUUCUUUCUUUCUUUAUUUGUCACUCUUUCUUUUUAUGUUUCUUUCUUUCUUUCUUUCUUUCUUUUUCUGUCACUCGUUCUUUCUUUCUUUCUUUUCUUAUCAUUUUUCUCACCCACAUGAUUCUCUCCUUUCUUUUUCUUUCCUCCUCCUCAUUCUUCCUCUCAUAUUUUUCCUUUUUAUCUCUUGCUACUUAUCUUUCCUUAUAUUUCUGGCUUUUCUUUUUCUUCUUUUUUUCUGACUUACAAAUUCUUUUUUCGUGUUCCUUGUCCGUCUUCCACUCUUUCUUCUAUUACAAUACUCACGACUUUUCACAAAAGAUCCGUCUGCCCGCCCAUUAUUCAAAUCAAUUUUCUUUUUCUUUUUCCUCUUUCUUAUUUUUGAUUAUUUAUUCCCAUCACCUCUUCCUUUAUAUCGUUCAAUCUUUUUUUAAAUACAUUAUAUGUUUUUCACUUUGUCAGUUUUCUUUUACUUCUUUUUCUUUCUUUCUUUCAUUGCUAUUUGACAAGAUCACGCUUACUUUCUUUCUUUUAAAAUUAUCCUAUCUUUUAUUCUUUUUUUCCUUACCCUUUUUAAUAACACUUCUUUUCUUUCUUUCUUUCUUUCUUUUUUCUUUUUUCUUUCUUUCUUUUUUUCUUUUUUUAAAAUUAUCCUAUCUUUUAUUCUUUUUUUUCCUUUUUUUAAUAACACUUUCUUUUUCUUUUCUUUCUUUCUUUCUUUCUUUCUUUUCUUUCUUUCUUUUAAAAUUAUCCUAUCUUUUAUUCUUUUUUUCUUUACCCUUUUUAAUAACACUUCUUUUCUUUCUUUCUUUCUUUCUUUCUUUCUUUCUUUCUUUCUUUCUUUCUUUCUUUCUUUCUUUUAAAAUUAUCCUAUCUUUUAUUCUUUUUUUCCUUACCCUUUUUAAUAACACUUCUUUUCUUUCUUUCUUUCUUUCUUUCUUUUAA